CGCAGAGAGCGUCGCGGAGAAUCAGCCAAUCAGCGCUGCGCUCAGCAUCAGCAGCAGCAGCAGCUCCGGGACGCAGCAUCAGGAGCUGGAUGCGGAGUCUGUUUCCUCUGGAUGCUCAUCAGAAGCACUUUCCUGCGGAGCUGCGUCUCUCUCACACCGACCCGGAGUCGGUAUUGCGGUACUUUGCGGUAUAAACGCACCGCUGCGCCACCGAUCCUCCGCCUCUCUGCGGCUCCUGCCAGCGGGUUAAAGUGGACUUUGGUUCGGAUCGGAAGCUUCCCGUCGUGUGUUUAGUGUCUUUGUGUCGGCCGCCCCCCUCCCCCGCUGCCUCACCCUCCGUGACUCACUUGAGACGCUGCAGAGACCAUGUCUGCCCCAGAUGCUGCUGCCCCUCCAGCCGGAGCGCCUGGAGCUCCAGGUGCCCCCGGAGCAGACGGAGCCCCAGCCGGGCCUCCUGCCGGCCCACCCAACACCUCCAGCAACCGCCGGCUACAGCAGACCCAGGCCCAGGUGGAGGAGGUCGUGGACAUCAUGCGGGUCAACGUGGACAAGGUUCUGGAGAGAGACCAGAAGCUGUCGGAGCUGGACGACAGAGCCGACGCGCUGCAGGCCGGAGCCUCGCAGUUCGAAAGCUGCGCAGCGAAGCUAAAAAACAAGUACUGGUGGAAGAACUGCAAGAUGAUGAUCAUGAUGGGAAUCAUCGGCGUCAUCGUGGUCGGAAUCAUAUUCUUGUAUUUCUUCCACUGAGCUCAUCGAUGCACCUGUAAUGGACUGAGGAUGAAAUGAGGAGAGAAUAAAAAGAAACCCGACACCUCCUUCCAGCCUCCUCCUCCUCCUCCUCCUCCUCCUCCUCUCUUCGGUCUUCCAUCCUCCAUCCUGCACUCCAACAGUGUUUGUCUCUCUGCCUCCUGGUUGUUUCCUCCUCUGCGCCUCCUCGUGUCUUGCUGACGGAGUGGGCGGAGGAGGAGACGGAGGGACGGAGGGAGGCGCUGAACAUGAGUAGAUCUCUGGGGGUGAAUGUACAGAGUCUGCGGUCCGUCAGCCCCUGAAACGCCAAAGCUUCUCCAUUCGACCUUUUUUGACUCUACAUUUGUAAAUUGGUACUAACGUCGUCCCGCCACCUGCUUCCAUCUUUACUAACACGAGCUCACGUUAGACUAAGGUUCUUCUUUCUGUUCUGUGUGUGUAGUUGUGACCCAAAGCAUCGUAGCGACAGCUCCUUCCACCUCCUGGUAGGCUUUACUUAGUACUUUGUUCCCUCACUGAGCCUCUUGUUCCUGCAGCGACGACCAGAUCAGGGAAACGCAAAACAGAGACGAGUUAGGAAAGGAUGAAGGUGGAGUUCUGCAGCGUAGUGUUGCUGCACGAGCAGGUGAAGGUGAGUUAGUCACUUCAUCAUCAGCUGGUGUUGACGGAGGCACGAAGGCCACCAACAGACAAUCUGAGCGGCCGGCCGGACGGACGAUGAGCAGCUUCACGUGUGACGGGUGGUUUAAAUUCAGAGCAGGAGAUGUGAGAAGGUUGGUGAACCUGGAGCCACGUCGUCGUCCUUUUCCUUUUCCCGCUGACUCACAGAAAACAGACUCGCCUGCGACGACGCUCCAGGUGUGUUUCUUACCUGCAUGGCCAACGUGUCCAUAGUUCUGCCUCUUUGUGUGACCUUCUGUGUAUCUGCCAUUUCUGAAUCUUACUGCCGACUGUACAUUUUCCUUUGUUAGUGGUUUAAGGACCCUGUAUAAUGUCUUUCUGAUCUAUAAGUACUGCUUAUGCAACGCAACGAUGCUCAAGAGUUUGCCAAAUUUUGUUAAAAUCACUUGGUUUUGAGAAAAAUCCGAUUCAGGCUGUAAACGGCUGCGGCUGCAGUUUCAGGUUUGUUGGAUUAACUGCAGCUCGUUUGACUUUCUUUGGACUGAUUCUGAAUGCAGAAGUGUAGCAGUGAGAGCUGAGCAUCAUCAGCUGAUUUACAACCUGACAGACAGGAAAAGAUGCAACUGGAUCUGAGAAAACUAAUGCAUGUUUACCACUUUUGCUGAUGCCAAUAAAGAAACCAUGAACUGAA